UUAUAAAUACUACAUCUUGAUGUCUUUUUUACCACAAAAAUUUAUCUGUAUUAGAUCCUAAAGAUGGAUCAUCUGAUAUUUCUUUUGUUAGUUACAACUAUGUAUUUUGGGAUAAAUGAAGCUUGCAAAAAAAAUCAUGUAGUAAUUCAUAACGAAAUCGGUCCUGGUAUUGAUCUCAACAUUGCAUGCCGGCAAUUCAGCCCAAAACGCACACCUUCAAUGUUUCACACCCUAAAGUACAAAGAUCCUUUUUACAUCAUUGAGUUCGCGGACAACAAUCAGCUACCUCACGGUGAGAAAUGGUAUUGUCUGAUUAGUCACGGAACAAGACCAAAAUAUUGGUUUGAUAUUGAAGUAUAUCGUCAAGGCUAUUAUCCUCGAUGUGGUCAGCUACGCUCAUGGAUUGCUAGAAAGGAUGGGAUUUGGUUUACAAGAAAAUAUCAUAGUCCACCAGGGCACGUACUUGAUUGGAAAAUCCAGUAAUGUUCUCUUGCUUUUAUUCUCCCUAUAAUUAACUAAUGUUUAUGUAAGUGGUUUUUGUUUUGUGUCAUAAUAAGUAAUACGCCGUAAAAGCUAAUUAAGUCAUCAACAUAAAUUGGUGGUAGACUAUAUGGCAACAUGUUGUAUCAAAAUAUGAGUCCAUUUGAUGUCUAUGUAUUUUGCAUCAACGUUAAAUAAUAAAACAAUAUACUUUUAUACUAACUUUUUGAAAGGAUGUUGUAUGAUAUUUUUACAAGAAACUGUCAUCUUGACUAGAAAAUUAAAUGUGGAAUAUCACUAGUUUGUUUUUCC